AGUGCACUCGACCGAUAGUUCAUUCAUUUGGUGCAAAAUUUCUUGUUACAGAGUUUAUGCUGGACUGGAUCAAAUUAUAGGAAUAUGAUGCCGUAAACCGCGCGGCAACAGAUCCGACGUAACACAUUAUCGAGCAACAAUUUACCAGACUUUGCACUCGAUCCCAACGACACACCUCACUGUCGACAAACAAGAGAUCUUUCUUGCACAUCCUCGCAGUUAUGGGAUAUUCAAUAUCGAUUCAUAACCCCACUUGUCAGUCGCCCAUUAUUUUUGCAUGCUUUCGAGUGCGACGUGUCAAGUACUGGCAAACUAGCAGAUACACAGCGAAACGUGAACACAUAUCAACGUAGUCAUAUGCAUGAGGAGGAGGGAAUAAAAUCUAACUGACCAAUGGCCAUCGGUCGGUCCACCUGAUUUGCAGGUAUUUUUAUGGUUCCCGGACCACUGUAGCACAUUGGCCAUGGAGGCGGUAAUUUUGACACAUUUACCAAUCAGCGGCCGAAACAUGAUUUCUGCAAGUAAUUAACACCUUCACUGAGGACCGGAUUUUACAGCACAGUUGGCGGUCGCACUGCCAUAUUUCUGAAUUGUUCCAAGAGGCGAGCGCGCAUAACAGCUGACAGUUGCGUUUAUUGUAUUUCUACGACUUGUCAAGAAACUUGUCGUGCUACUUUACAAGUUGAACUCGAUAAACUGCCAUCCAUAGCGAAUUUUUCCUUCACCGAUUUUUGAGAUUGUGUUAUGUGCUGUGUUACACUGGAGCUGGGCAGGAAAAGACAGUUUAACAUGAUCAUCGUUUGACAAGAUCGAAUCAACUGUGGAGUACGCAAAGAGAUCGAGUGCAAAACCCAUUUAUCUUGAUGGUUCCCUUUCCUAACGUUCGUCCUCCACAAUAUGUGCCCUUUUCUAGCUUAGCACAGCGUUAGCGCUGUUGGCGCUGCUGUUGCCAGUUGUACGCUGUGCAUGCCGUGCUGUUUUCAACAAGGUCGUUGAGUGUGGCAAAUUUAGCCUGCGGUAGCUAUCGACAGCUACUAUUUUUUUGCGCCCUUGUCCGCCACAACUCAGCGUAGUUAUCUGGUACACGCGCCGACAACAGCCGUACCAAUAAAGUAUCUUUCGUAAUUAUUCGACAUAUCCAAUAGCGCAAUGGAACCUAAUUUUUCGUCAGCACAAUUGACCGGUGCCAAUCCGAAGCCGAAGAAAAAGGUCACCGACUUCUCCAUUAAGGCCAUCAUGGCUGAACGGGAUGAAAUUGUCAAAGAAGUGAAAAGUGAGAAAAUCACCGCAUUCCGUAAAGUCAAGUCGCCUGUCAGUCCUAAAUCGCGAGAUUCCAUAACACCGCUAUCGGUUUCCGAAACCCCAGAUACAACAACGUCAGACGAUGUUUUGCCAUUAGCCACCGUUUUUAAAGAAAAACCUUGCAGUCCGGAACUGGUAAAUGUCCAGUGCCAUCUGGAAGUUAAAGAAUUAUGGGAAAGGUUCAAUGAGCUCGGCACGGAAAUGAUUAUCACCCGUAGUGGCAGGCGUAUGUUUCCUACAAUUCGCGUCUCCUUUUCCGGUUUGGACUGCAAAGCAACAUACAUGGUACUCAUGGAUAUCGUUACCGUAGACAAUAAACGCUACCGCUAUGCAUAUCACCGUUCCUCCUGGCUGGUGGCCGGAAAAGGUGAUCCAGCACAUCACAGCAAAUUAUACCCGCACCCGGAUGCUCCUUUUCUUGGUGAACAGCUUCGUAAACAAAUUAUCACGUUCGAGAAAGUCAAGCUGACCAACACGGAAGUUAACAAACCCGGCUACAUUGUACUAAAUUCCAUGCACAGAUACCAACCUCGAAUCCAUUUAGUCAUGAUGAAGGGCGAAGACGAUUUAGUCAAAUCCUUAAAAACUUACGAUGAUCUCCAAUUAUGCGCUCAUAAGACAUUUGUUUUUCCCGAGUGUGCAUUUUAUUCCGUUACCGCCUAUCAAAACCAACUGAUCACCAAACUGAAAAUAGACUGCAACCCAUUCGCUAAAGGAUUCCGCGAUUCGACUCGCGUGAUCACCGAUUUGGAACGGGAUUCCUUAAACAACGGCGGUAUGCUGCCCGACAGUACCGUAUUCCCCUAUGGAAACUGCAGCAUGUCCCCGAAUGAGCCAAUGAAUGACCUCGACGCCGCGAUUUUCUCUCAGAAAUUGGCGCAGUUUUCCCGUAUGAUCCCCGGUGCGGCGUCCGACAGCCAGACCAUGCCAAUGUAUGGCGGCAUCAAGCCCUUUCCCAUUUCUCCUACCUCGAUUCCUCUCGGCAUUCUGCAGAAAUGGAGUCUAGCGGGGCUGAAUGCUGGUUUGACGAUGGGUGCUAAUUUAGACCAGCGUCACCUCUUUAACAACGGGAAUAUGUCACCGUCGGAUUUCGCCCGGCAGCUGCUCUUUGGCAAGCCAAUUCCGGCCGGUCCGUUUUAUCCGUUUAUUGGCAUGGAUCAUCAGGAACUGGCGCAGAAACUAAAAGAAAAUGGGAACUUUUGACCCGAUGAAUUUCUUACCAAAAAUCUUGAAUAUGCCGUUGUCGAUGGCUUUGUGUGCACGUGACUUUUUUCGUAAUGUAAAUGAGUAAAUAUGCGUAAUAAGCACGAAAACACACCAUGUCACCCAUAUUUUUCGUUACAAACGGUACAAUCAUGAGCGACCGAAAUGGAAGUGCCGGAAAAGUUUUUGCGCUGACUAUAGUGACUAGACGCUUUGAUAAGACGCAUGUGUACGCUCUUUGUUUUUUGAAUUC